CUUACAUAAGGAUCUAGAGUCGCUGUCAGACUGACAGUCAGGGACAUUGCACAUCCCUAUAAUCAUGAAGUACCUGCUAUGCGUCUUUGUACUAAUAGCCGGAUCUUGUGCCUUCGCCCAAGACGACAAAGGCCUUCUCAACCCCGACACCAAUGAUGCCCUACCAUCAUCACAUCCAGUUCUGAAUGCUGCCGCUGAAGAUGUCCCGACCGAAACUCACUCCAGGCAACGAAGGUCCUUUUUCGUACCCCGGGUCGUACCCCGGGUCGUCCCCCUACCUCGUCCCAUAACAAGACCCCAACUGGUUCCUCCCCCGAUUCCACCAAAGAAAAUCAACCCUAAGGACUACCUCGUGCGACGAUCAGUUCCCGACGUCGAAAAAGUGCUGAACGCGGACAUCGAGGGCCCCAUAUCGGACACGAACUCGGGACAAGGAGAAGCAUUUGUACCACCCGUGGGGCCUCCAAAAAAGGAGAAUUCUCCCAACCACGUGGUGCGUCGAUCUCCCCUUUACAUUCCAGAGCGUCACCCCUACCCCAGGCCUGGCUACCCCACCUUCCCGAGGAGACCUCCUCCCAGGCCUCUGCCUUGGAAGUACCUGAAUAUGACUGAGAGCGAAGCCUGGACGUGCGCGUUAGAUUCUUUCUUCGGUUACGAACCAGAAUCAGCGUUUCUGUAGAUGGUUUUCUACACGACUGAAUAAACUACCUAUUUGACGCG